UAUUUUUUUCUGCAUAAUGGCGAAAACUUAUUAGAAGAUAUUAGAAGAAAAUAGUAUAAAGGAAGAACAAUAUACACUCAACACAAGCACAAAAGAAGGAUACAAUUAAGAAGAAUGUGGAGGGGAAGGAUGGAAAUGGUUCCUUAAUGGCAACCAACAGUGCUGGAUCAACAAAGAAGCAUUUUGCGCUUGUUCACGGAGCUUGUCAUGGAGCAUGGAGUUGGUAUAAGUUGACACCUCUACUGAAAUCUGCAGGUCAUCGCGUCACAGUUCUUGACAUGGCGGGUGCUGGAAUCAACCCAAAGCAGGUAACCGACGUUCAAUCAUUUUCCGACUAUGUCCAGCCAUUGAUGGAUUUCAUGGAGCACUCUCUCCCUAGCUGCGAAUCCAUAAAACAAGAAGAAAAGGUGAUCCUUGUUGGUCACAGCAUGGGAGGGUUGGUUAUCUCAAAAGCUAUGGAAACCUUCCCAGAAAAGAUCUCUGUGGCUGUUUUUCUCACCGCGUUGCUGCCUAACAUGUUACAAGAAUUCAAGUUCCCUGAUGUGUUCAAAGAGCGUUCCAGAGGUGACGCCAUAUAUAAUUAUUACGAUGAAGGGGCUAAAACUUUCGUGUUCGGUCCCAGUUACAUGUCGUCAAAUCUGUAUGAGCUCUGUUCGCCUGAGGAUGCGACUCUAGCAACCAUGUUGGUGAGACCGAUACGUGUGUUCAGCAACGAACACAUGUCGGAGGAAAUUACAACGUCCAAGCAGAAAUAUGGAUCAAUUAAGCGAGUUUAUAUCAUAGCCGAACUAGAUAAAACGUUAACAAGGGAUUUUCCGUGUCGGACAAUCGAAAAGGAUCCAGUGGACGAGGUCAGGGAAAUCAUUGGUUCCGAUCACAUGGUCAUGAUGUCUAAGCCUCAAGAGCUGUUUGCUUGUCUGAAGGAGAUUGCUGAAGAAGCCUGAAACGUCGUUAGCUCUGAUAACUCGUUCGGGCUUCAUUUUAUAAUGGAAAGUUAUUAUAAUAAGAGUAUGUAUUGAUAUAUUGGAAAAAUAAAAUGCAGAAGGAACACGGUGUUUGUAUCUUUGUAGUCUUUAGAGACAUUACAUGCCUCCAAGUUAUGCGACUAUGGGAGUAACACUGGAUUUACGUCCUUACACACCAGGCCAGAUCAAGAUGUUAACAUCCUCAUGAUUCUAAUAAAUAGAGAACACUGUGGAAGGGGACCAACUCCUCACCGUCUCAUGUCUCCUACAUUGGUCCAAAAUUUGAGGUGCUAGAGGAUUUUGUUGAAAUCUAAAGAGAUUUCACAAACAAAAGAAGUGGCUGAGCAUGUUGAUUAAAAGAUUGAAUUAAAGAUAAGAGUGGUUAAGCAGUACCAUCAAAGGUGCAGUGCUUGGUUUUGGCUGUAUCCUUGUAAACAAAAGCGGCCACGGACUACAGUACAAAUUUUUCCUUUUUCUAAGGAAAACAAACAGUGAACAAAAAUAUAAAUUAUUUAGUAUGUCCUUGAUUUUUUUUUUCUUUAUUAUUACUAUUUUUAUUUAUUUUUGGAUAAGUGAAGUUUUGGUAGAUAAGGUACACAAUUAAAUUCGGGGUAGAUUGGAAAAAAAUAAAAUUACCUUUAUCAAUAA